AUGCUCUCUCAAUUAAAUGGAUUCAGUGGUGGCUCGAUGGAUUCUCGUAGGCGUGGAAGGCCGCUGAUGAGUAACUACUUUGAAAUUGAAAGUGUGGUGCCGGGGAUUUCAGGUUCCUUGAGCCAAAAUCCAACUAUUGAUGCUGCUUCACUUUAUGCACAGAAAUAUGGAAUUAACUUAUUGGAAGAAAGGAGUGUGUCAAGACCGCCCAACAAUUCCGUUUGUCCUAACGUUAAGCCUUGUAUGAGUGUUCAUGAGUUGUUACAGUAUGGCCUUUCUCAGCCUAAUGCAAGAGUUGUGCCACUUUUGAAAUCUAGAAUUCCCCGAGGAAAUCUUGAUGCUAUUAGAAGUGAGGGGAGUUUCAUUAUACAGGGGGAAGGUUUAAAUUAUGUUGCUAGUAGGGUUUCGGAUCAUUCAAGGUGUCAGCGUGCUGUGCUCGAAAGUGGUUUUGCUAAGCAGCUACACCCGUCAGAGCUAGACAUCCGACACCAGAUUGUAGGAUAUGAAAAUCCUAGGAGUCCCAGGAAUGGGUGCACACUCCCUGUGCUACCUAAGUAUAACUCCCUUGCAGAAGCUCGAGGGUCAUUAUAUUUAAUAGCCAAAGAUCAACAUGGCUGUAGAUUCCUUCAAAGAGUGUUUGAUGAGGGUACACCGGAAGAUGUUCAAAUGAUAUUUAGUGAGAUAAUUGAUCAUGUAGUGGAACUUAUGAUGAAUCCUUUUGGAAAUUACCUUAUGCAAAAGUUGUUGGAUCAAUGUGAUGAAGAACAGAGGAUGCAGAUCAUACUUGCGGUUACACAGGAGACAGGGCAGCUUGUCAGAAUCUCUUUAAACACUCACGGCACUCGUGUGGUGCAGAAGCUGAUUGAGACUCUCAAAACUAGGCAGCAAAUUUCAUUAGUUGUAUCGGCUUUGCAACCAGGAUUCUUGGUCCUCAUCAAAGAUCUUAAUGGAAAUCAUGUGGUUCAACACUGUUUACAAUGCCUAAGCAAUGAAGAUAACAAAUUCAUAUUUGUUGCUGCUGCCAAGUAUUGUGUUGACAUUGCCACUCAUCAACAUGGGUGUUGUGUUCUACAAAGAUGCAUCGGUCAUUCUCGUGGGGAGCUUAGAGAACAUCUGGUUGCAGAAAUAUCUACUAAUGCACUUCUGCUGGCUCAAAAUCAAUAUGGAAACUAUGUUGUUCAAUUUAUCCUGGACUUGAGGAUUCCUUCAGCGACUACAACUUUAAGUUUGCUAUUUGAAGGUAAAUAUGUGCACCUGUCAAUGCAGAAGUUCAGCAGCCAUGUCGUUGAGAAAUGUCUUGCUGUAUUCAAUGAUGAGAACCGAUCAAGAGUCAUUCAUGAACUACUCUGUGCUCCUCACUUCGAACGGUUGCUUCAAGAUCCACAUGCAAAUUAUGUUGUUCAAUCAGCUUUGCGACAUUCUGAGGGCCAUAUGCAUAAUUCAAUAGUUGAAGCAAUUGAGACCCACAAAGCAGUUUCACGGAAUAGCCCAUAUUCCAAGAAGAUUUUCUCGCAGAAGCUUUUGAAGAAAUGAUUCAUAUUUCUCCCCUUAGUAAGCACUGUUGUUGUUCUACUAUAAAAAUCAUUUUGGAGUUUGCCACCGAACAAAUGCAUUUCAUGGUUAUUUAACUGUAAGUCGGGAUGCUAAUAACCAUACAAAGGAGUCAGUCUGUUUAGAAAAACUUAUCCUUCUGCUCAGAUAAUAUGUGAAAAAAUGGAGAAAAAGAACAGACAAUUUUGCUCCCGUCUAAAUUUUAGACUUUUGAAUGUACAAUGUUGUCUUGUGUCUGUACUUUUUGGAUAUUAUUAUCAUCCUGUUAAUUAUGGUAUUCUCACUGGCUGAUAAUGUACAGUGUAUAUAUAGUAUUAGGAUGUUCGUUGUUACUGUAAAAUACUAUGAAGAAUCUCUCAGAAUAACUUCCCUUGUCUUGUGGGCAAGGGAAUGAACUAUGGCUGUGGUCUAGUUGUAUUUACAAUUAUUAUAUUAUUAUAUUAUA